AUGGAACGUGUGCAGUACUCGUUGGAACGCACACUUCCGCAGCUCCGCGUGCUGGAUGAGCACGGCAUACUGACGAAAGAUGAACUGCGCUCUUUGACAUCUCAGAGGCAGUCUUUUGAGGCGCGUCUGAUUCGUCGCAAAGCAGACAAGAACGACUUUGUGAGGUACUUGGACUUUGAAGACGACUUGCACGCGCUCAUCAUGCUACGUGCGCGCGAGCGCAAUCGCCUUGUGAUGGAGCGCAUUAAAUCAGGUGACGAAGACGCCAAGUCACAGCUCCUUCCUCGUUCCUUCUUCCCGAAGCAGGCUGCGCAUUCGUCAGCGCACUGCGUUGCGAUUUUCGAGCGCAUGGUGCUCAAGUUCCGUUGGGAUCUAGAUGCAUGGGAGCGGUACAUUGCAUGGGCUAAGAAACGCAAGAUGCGCGUCGUGGCUGGCCGUGUGUACGCGCGUGCGCUAGCAAUGCAUCCCAUGCAGCCGUCGCUGUGGCUCUCUGCUGCCGACUAUGAGCUCAACACACACGCUGACACCAGCGCAGCCCGGGCCCUUCUGCAGCGUGCGAUUCGCACCAACAAACUUAGCGAAACAGAGGACGGCCGCAGCAAAGCACAGCGCACGUCGCGUGGCGCCUCACAUCUUGGCGCCUACCGCUGGCGUCUCACCUCGUAUGAACGUGACGUGCUUCGGCUAUGGGUGGAGUAUUUUCGUAUGGAGCUUGUGUUUAUGGAGCGCUUGCGUCGGCGAUGGCGUGUGAUUGCCGGCGAUGAUGCGGACGAAGAAGCAGCAGCAGCUGAUCAAGCGGUGGCUUCUGACGUCCCCGAGGCAGAUACCCCCGAGAGCGAGCCACAUGCCCCAACCGAGGCACAAGACCAUAUCCGCCAAGGUGCUAUCCCGCUUGUUGUACUUGACAGUAUCCGCACGACCGUCCCAGGCUCUUUGCACCUGUUUGUGUACGUGGCGCUGCUACAGCUGCUGAGCUCAUUUCCUUUUAGCGACUCGCUUGUCGUGAAACAGCAUGGCGAUAUUGCUUCGCUGCGAACCACGCAUGGCGUCCAGGGACAGGGAGACGCCAUCCGUGACAAGCUGAUGCGAGGUGUGCUCAGCGCAUGUGAUCUCGACACACUUUCGUGCCUGUUCCCGCUAUACCACGCCUUGCCGAGUACGGAGGCUUUACCUGCAUCUCAAGCUGAUGAGGAACUAGAUACGCAUGCCAUAUUGCAUGGAGCAAGUCAGUUGCAUGGCACGUACUCAUCUGCCAUCGAUCCGCUAUACACGUAUGCUCAAGUGCCCGAGGAGCUACGUGAGACAGGCAUCGUGGCAGGCGCGAAUGACCCAUGGACGGCGUGCCAGCCCGUCAUUUUGCUGCUGGAAGUGCUGCGCCAGCGCUUUGUGCAGGACGAACACGCUACGCCGUAUCUGCGCAUGCUCACCAAAAAAGGUGACCUUCCCGCGGUGGUGCAGCGCACCGUGUCCCAGUUCCGUGAGCACCCUGCCGAGUCGCUACCGUUUCUCACGACGCUCUGUGCGUUGUCGACUCGUUUCGGGCUACACGAGCCUCACCUGCUCGCCUACCUUUCGCGCAUUGAAGCACAGCUUACCCAAUCCCUGGACAUGCCAUGGAUCGCGCUUGUAACGGCCAGUGAUCGUGCACAGGAGCUUGUCGAGUCCCAGCGCAUGAAUCCAUGUGCAUGGCUUGCCUACGCUCAUGCUGCGAAGUGGGACGAGCGGACGUGGAACGAUGCCCUUCACGCCUGUAUGGCGCCGCAGCCAGAUGCGCCGGUAUGGGGCUUGCUCGUUGCAUGGCAAAGCAACAAGCGCCUGGCGUACGUAUCACCCAGCAUCGCUCGCACCGACUUGUGGCGCAUGUACCUCGAAUGGGUGCCGACGUCGACCCAGAACCCUUUCCCACUCUACAAGCGCGCGGUACAGAAAACCGGCGCCGUCCUCGCAUCGUCUCAACUGGUGGGCACAGCCCGGGCUCAUGCACAAGCACUGCACGACGACGUAGUGCACCAGGUCGUUGAGCAGACACUUCCCGACGAGCAGGUUCUCUCGAUGGCCCUGUCCAUCAGCUCGGCGAGCACCUCAUGCUGGCUUGCGAUCGCAGAUCACUGUGCACAGAGUGCGUCUCUAGCUGCCGAUCGCGUGUACCAACGUGCCGUGGACCAGGCCGAACGCGAGGGCCAUGUGGCCGAUGCCACGCAGACAUGGCUCGCGUACCUCGCGUACCUUGCUCAGAACGACAUGCGCAAGGCACUUACGCAGCUUGGCCACGCGUCAACACGCAUGCGGACGAUGGGCGGAGCUGAAGCGGUGGUGGCGUUGGAACAGCAGUGGCAAGCCAUGACAUAG